UUGACAAACUCAGCAGCGCUGACAAAGAAAUUGAAAUCAAUCGGACCAUCACAUGUCAAAUUGUCGAUUAUUCGAGAACCUUCUAAGAAACCUGACCCGAUUUCGAGAUAUUCAUCGAGAAUUACAGCAACUUCGCCGUCGAUUUCAUCAUCGAUGUUGUCACCGAUCACAGUCUCAUCAGAUUCACAACAUUUGAGACAGAAUUCGAAAGAAGAUGAGACGAUUUUGGAGAAUCCGACGGAUGAUCCGUUUUAUUGA